UGUGGGAACCAUUUCACCGCUGGACCACGCGGAUGUACUUCAGCUCACAUGUGCGUUUAGGAAGAAGUACGCGAGAGAAGCAUCUUGAGUAGAUUUUUAUGUCUGUACGGGUAAUUAAUAUUUCGGGCUCUUCUGAGAAGAUGUCAUAUUGAAACGAUAUUGUGUUACAAUAAAACAGGUUAAAAUUUAACUUAGUAUUACAGUUGAAGUGGCUUUAUUGUAAAUAUGACAUCACGAAAUUUCAGUUAAGUCUGCUAACUUUCUAAUGUUCUCUCGAACCUUAAGAAAGGGCUUGAUUUUGUACUGUUAGCGAAUAUUCUAGGCUGUUGCACAUCUGGAACAUACAUAUUUUAGAAGAAAUGUCCAAGGUGAAGGCGAAAAAAAAGAAUUGCACUACGAUUUCUACGACAAUGCCACUUUUGACAAAAAAGCAUAAAAAGGCGAAGAGGAAAAAAUACGGGGGGAAAGCUGUGAAAAAUGCUGUAGAUGACGUGAAAAUUAAGAGCAACGCUCUAUUUCCACCGAAAGAUUCCCAGCAAUUUUCGGCAAACUGGAAGAACCUACAAGAGGUAUUAAAAUCGAACACAAAGGUGCAAGAACAGAAAUGUAAACAGCAGGGCAGGGGCUCGAUUUCGAAUGAAAGCAAAGUUGAAGGGAAGCCCCUAAAAGACAUUCCAACGAAGGGAACCAGUGCUAAAUUAAUAAAGGAAGAGAAGAAUGGGAAAACGGCAAAACAUGGAUUGCUUUCUGCAUCUACCCAAAAUGACAGAUUUGUUCAUUCUGAACAGUCGAACACACGGAAAAGGAAAAGCAUCAAUGGACAGGCACCUAUGUGCAAUAACAGUCAGCAAAACAAAAAUAAGAGAUUUGAUAAGGAAGCCGAGAAGAAGCUAACAGAAGAUGACAUCUGGUUUGAUGACGUAGAUCCAGAUGAUAUUGAGGCUGCUGUGGGAACAGAUGCUGCUGAUAUAGUUCGCAGCCGGAAAGGAAUGAGUAGAACAGAUCAGAAGUCUAUAGAGAGCAGUCUUGUGAAAUGCAGGGCUUUUGAGGGGCUGACAAAAGCAGUGGCGAUGGACUGCGAGAUGGUUGGAGUUGGGCCUGACGGGCAGGACAGCAUAGUGGCCAGAGUCUCAGUGGUGAAUCAGUUUGGGAAGUGUGUCUAUGACAAAUACGUCAAGCCCACCGAACGAGUGAGCGACUACAGAACACAUGUUAGUGGUAUUCGUCCGCAGGAUAUAAAGAAUGGAGAAGACGUCAAAACCGUUCAGAAGGAGGUUUUUGAGAUUUUAGAGGGAAGAAUUCUCGUGGGCCACGCCAUUCAUAAUGACCUGAAGAUCUUGCUUCUGGAUCACCCCAAAAAGAGAAUCAGGGACACGCAGAAGUACAAGCCGUUCAAGUCUAUCGUCAAGAGUGGUCGGCCCUCACUUAAGCUUCUCUGUGAGAAGAUACUCAAUGUCAAAGUUCAACAGGGCGAACACUCUUCUGUACAAGAUGCCCAGGCGACGAUGCGGCUCUACACAUUAGUGAAGAAGCAGUGGGAAUUAUCAGUAAAGGAGGGACACAGAAAUGGCGCUGUGGACAAGUGUAAGAGAACACCAAGACCUUCUAAUAAGAAAACAAAUGCCUAAAAACUCUCACAAACUCCAGCCUGGAGCCUGGAACCAUAGUCCACAUAAUUUGGUUUCUUUGAUCAUAGAAACACAACAUUGGAUAUCUGUCAUGGUACCAGAUUGCCAAUUCAGACUUGUUCCUACCUAAAAUAUGCAAGCUUUCAGAAAGCAAUUUUUGGAAAUUUGUGCAGUUAUUUCAGUUGUUUUGUUUUAAUAAAUUAGUAUCAAUAAAUUUUAACUUGAGGAACGGUGA